GCGGCCCCGCCUCCCCGCACGGCCCAGCCCGGCGGGCGCCUCUCGGGCCGGUUCCCAUGGGAACCGUCAGACAAACAAGGCCGCAGCUCCGCCGCCGGCCGGGCUGGGAGCGGGCCGCGGUAGCUGCGGUGUUCUUCACCUCCUGGCUCAAGCAGCAGUGUUCUGGCCCGGAACUGGCUGCAGUCUCAGACUCCUAUUGAAGCCAAUGGCAAAACUUUCAUUCAUGUCGGUGAGAGAAAGUUUGGAUCCUUCAUUCACUGUUGCAGAUAUAAUUACACAAUUUGUUUUUAAUUAAGAUCUCUUGUGGAUGAACCACAAAGCAAAUAACCAGCCAUGGAGGAAUUAACAGAACACCUUGUUUCUACUUCUGAAAAUCUGUUACUCAGAUAUGGACAAACUACCAGUCAAGCCCACGUAAAGAAGCUGAAAGAUCUUGUUAUACUUCAGUUAAAUGGGCUAUAUUUAAAGAAUGUGAGACAUUUGCAAUACUGUGUUUUGCUUAAAGUGUGCAUCCUGUCUAAUAAUUAUAUUACAAAUAUUGAUGCACUUGAAUGUUGUACUCAUUUAGUUAAGCUGGAUCUCCAUGGAAAUCAGAUACAGCAUCUUCCUGGCCCAACAUUUUGGGAAGGCAUGAAGGAAUUAAAUCUACUCUAUCUUCAUGACAGUGGAAUUGGAAAACUGAAUAAUGUGCAUUCGUUAUCUUUCUGCCCUAAUCUGAUAGGCCUCACCUUGUUUGAUACUCCACUGAGUCUAAGAAUAGCAUAUAGGCAUAUUGUUGUUAACAGCAUUUUAUCUCUCAAAGCACUGGAUUACUAUGUAAUUUCUGAUCAGGAAAUUGUUGAGAACUGGAAACUUCCCCAAAAAUAUAAACCAUUUAACCCUAGCUUUUUCCUUGAUUUUUGCCAUGCUCCUAGAAAGGAAGCAACCGUUGAGGAGGAGAUAAAUGUGGUAAAAGAUAUCAUUGCAAAAAUCAAUCACAUUCUAGCUCAUCACUCACCAGUUGUGAUUGUUCAAAGAUGGAUAAGGGGAUAUUUAACUAGAAAAAGAUUUGGCAAAAUUCCUUUGGAUGAAGUUCUUCCACAGAGACAUUAUAUCAGAGAUGGAGUGAAACAAAUUUACAGUCAAAGCAUACUUCCAGUAUGUGAUAGUAAAAGCUUUAUGUAUCACAUCAUUAAACAAGAACAGAAUACUGAGGACAAAAAGCUUACAUCUAGGAAACAAGUCUUAUAUAUGAAUAAUUUUAAAAAGCUUCCUGUUUUAUGUCUGAGAAGAAAAAAACAACCAGUUUUCUCCAUUUCACCCACAUUGAGGAAAAAAGAAAAAACGAAAAAACUAGAGGAACAAAGAAUUCCAUUGAGGAAGGGUUUCUUGGACCUGGAGAAACCUAAUAUGGAGGAGCAGGUAGGAACUAAAUUUAGGCUUUCAGUUUGUAAAGCUGCUUUUCAUUCAGUGAAGGAUAAGCUGAUAUUUCAAAAGAAAGAGGAAGAAAUUUGGCAUGCUGUAUACCCGUUUCAUUCUCUUGUUCAUCCUGCUCCACAGCUUAAAGCUGUGAAUCACCCAGUAAGUAUAGAGAAGAGGAUUUUUGCUAGAAUGUAUGGAUCUGUAAGACUUGGACCAUUUUAUGUUAUUGAUAAAGCCUACAGGGAGAGUAAGAGAUGCGAGAUCCAAACUAAAAAGAUAUGUGGGGUUAUGCAGAUGCAAAUAGCCAAAGGCAAAGCUGACUACUGUAUUAAGGGUUUUCUUGAGGAGAAAAAGAAUGGUGUUCAGAAAAGAUGCAAAGAAGAAGACAUUAGAAUUCAAGAAGCUUUAAAACAACAUCAAUUGAGAAGAUCAGGAUUUAUUGAAAAAGUAAGGCAAAGGCAUGCUUGGUUUUUAGAAACCAAGAACCAAAAAGCAUCAGAGUAUUCAUUAAUUCAAGACUUCAGCAUUCAGCAUGCUUCUUUGACACAGAGUUUGUUUAGAGUUGACAGAUUGAGGAAAAGUGAGGAAACCAUAAAGGAAAGAAAGAACAUUGUUAUGGAAAACAAAGAAGAUAUGGAAAAAUGGAAGGAGCUGGUUAAAAAUUUUCAGGAGCAGAGGCAAUUGAUGUUACGAAAAGAAAACUUAGUAGAAAAAGUAGUUCUGGGUUCCAUUGUUUCUCAAAACGCUAGUGAGAGAUUACAGCAAGCCAAGGCAAAAGUUGCAGCUGUAAAGGAUCAUCAAGCCAAUAUGAACAGUAUGAUCAGGCUGCCAUUAAGCAGCAGUGCAAUAAAGCAUGUAUAAUAAACUCCAAUGUUUAAAAUGC